CACCAUUCCUUCAGAGUUUAUACUUUAAUCAUGAGUGUUAAAUACCUACCGGGACAGACUUUGUCUGGAUGAAUAUUUUACAUCCCUUCUGUGUUCUAUCUUCUCAUUGUCUACUUGGUCUGAGAAUAUUGAUGUGAUAUUUUGAUAUCUGUAUAUCGUCAAAACAUACCUAUCUACCUCAACCCCUUUUAAGUUGAUGCCCCUGAGUAUUAAGAAACCAAGAUGAUUAUUCCGCAAGAUUUCACCGAGGUUGCCACCAAAGUGGCUUCCGUUUUACCUACCCCAAGGACCAGCCAUACAGCGCUGCCUACAGUGAUCCCAGAUCUACCUCGAAUAUACCACCAAACAUCGAGUGAAGUAGGACAUAGCACUUUAUGGGUUGUCUGCGUUCUCAUGGGCUUGUCGUCGUUGGCAUUCUACGCAAUGGCCAUGAGAGUCCCUGUGCAAAAACGCCUUUUCCACAUAAUAACGGCUUUAGUCACCACCUUCGCUUUCCUAUCGUAUUACGCCAUGGCCACCGGGGAUGGCAUAACCUCGCACCCCUAUGUGUCUGGAAGAUCAAAGCAUGGAGCCGUCACGGAAAUCACCGAGCGUGACGUCUAUUGGGCACGAUAUGUUGACUGGACACUCACCACACCCCUCCUUCUAUUGGACCUCUGCCUCUUCGCCGGCAUCGACGGGGCAAGCAUUCUAGUAGCCGUCGUAUCGGACGUGAUUAUGAUCCUGACAGGCCUCUUCGCGGCUCUAUCUGGCAACGAGACGCAGGGAUGGGGAUGGUAUGCCUUCGCGUGUAUCGCCUACAUUAAUAUCGUUUACCAGGUUGGUUUCAAGGGACGUCAGGCGAUAUCUACUAGGGAUAACAAGACGAGGGCCUUCUUCGGGUCCAUUUCCCUCUACAUGUUCCUCCUGUGGACUGCGUAUCCUAUUGUAUGGGGUGUCGCCGAUGGCGCUCACCGCGUCAAUGUUGAUUCCGAGAUCAUCGCUUAUGCUAUCUUGGACGUUCUAGCUAAAGGAUUCUUUGGAUUUUGGCUACUGCUUACUCAUGAUUCCAUGACUCGAGCUUCGCCAUCUAUCGACGGAUUCUGGUCACAUGGCCUAACCCCUGAUGGUGCUAUUCGGGUUGGCGAAGGAAAUGAUCGUGACUGAUCACGGUCUAGGUAUGAUUGUCGUGAUGCCCCCCUGCCGUAAUCUACAUAAUAUUGUUGCAGGGACAAAUAGUAACGGCGGAGGGAAGACAACGUGAAUACGGACGGCUUGAAUAUUGAUGAAGGAAAUUGUUACCUAAAUUUGUCUCGUUAAAUCUAAGGGUUUUGGGUAUUGCGAACUCAGUAGCCUUUCUCAGUUGUUAAGGAGAUAGCUACUAUUAUUUUGAGCUAUUUUUACCACUACACUCAUUCGAGAGCUUGAAAAGUUCGUGGAGACAAACCACACCUCCCGCAGCUUAGUUGAUAGUUUCUCAAUAUAAUCAAUACGAUGGUACUUAAAAUGAAC